AGGGUGCUUCAAUCCCUCUUGCUGCAAUGACAGCAGCAGUUGGCCUCUACAUGCGCAUGGGACUUCCAGAACCGUGGAAUGCUACAACUACUCCGACCCCUCUUAUUGUUUAUGGUGCUUCUGGUGCAGUGGGAGCGUACGCAAUAAAGCUCGCCAAGUUGUCCAACAUCCACCCAAUCAUUGCCGUUGCCGGACGAGGUGCAGCAUUUGUGGAAAGUCUUAUCGACAGAAAGAAAGGCGACACCAUUGUCGAUUACCGGAACGGAGAUUCAGCAGUUGUUACAGGCAUCCAAGAGGCAUUGAAGAAGGCCGGGACAAAAGAAGUCAAAUAUGCCUUCGACGCCGUUAGCGAGCACAACAGCUUCCAAAACAUCAGCCAGGUUCUCUCUAAACACGGCAGCAAGAUCACCUUAGUUCUUCCCGGAAAGGAUUUUAGCGCAAUUCCAAAUCACAUCGAAAAAUCUACCACCAUGGUUGGCUCUGUUCACAUGGAUCCAUCAGAAGGCAAAGCCGAGGCGGGAAUCAUCACAGGUGGCAAGGAAUUCGGCUAUGUGUUCUUCAGAAUGUUUUCUCGAGGCCUCCAACAAGGAUGGUUCUCAGGCCAUCCUCAUGAAGUCGUUCCUGGUGGACUUAAUGGCGUUGAGAAGGGACUUUCGAACCUGAAGGAAGGCGUAAACUCGGCCACCAAAUAUGUGUUCAAGAUUGAGGACACAAAGUGAACGGUAGCAUUAGAUAAAUGAAUAGUCUUCCGAAAGAUAUUAGUAAAACUUGACUGCCU